AGCCUAGUUAAUUUGGAUAUGAAGAGGAAGAAGUCGUUAAAACAAAGAUCGAAGGAGCACAGAGAACGAAAGAAGCAGUAUAUUCAGAUGUUGGAGGACAAGGUUAAAAAUCUUGAGAGAGAAAACCUUGGUCUGAAACAGCAAUUGAAGCAGACUAAAGAGAAAGAUAAGCGGGUAACUUCGCAAAAGCUAGCUGGUCAGUCUUGUAUUUAUAAAUAUAAUUCAUCUUUGCAAGAGUGUGAAGAUUACUACUUCAAUACAUUAGGAAAAAAGAUACUUCUAGACCCGACCCAAGUCAGAUACUCAGAACUAGAACAAGCAGGGGAACAAAUAUAUGAUUAUAGUGAGAAACGAAGAAAAUAUCUUAAGAAUACAUUCAAAGAAUUUCUUGACAACAUUAUGAACACUGAAAUGAAAACAAUUGCAGCUGCAUGCAAAUAACUUAAGUCCGAGUGAAGCCAAGAGAAGAUCUAAGCCUAAGAAGAGAGCAAAGAAAUAUUUAAACAAACUCGAUCCCUCAUAUCCUACUGAUUUCUUGUUCUCAGACAGUUUUAGUCUAACUGCAUCAGAUUUCUUCGAAAGCAGUGGCAAGAAGAUGCUGAGUUAUUUCAAAACUAUGAAGCAACUGAUCAAGAAGCUGGUUGAAGUCAGAAACCAAAUUUUCAACGUUCAAUCUAAAAGCAAAGAGUUUAUAGAGUCACAAGAAGUCAUGACAUAUACUAAGGAAGAUGUGUCAAAUAUUUUUAAAUUGUACUUUGAGCUAAAAGAUUCAAAGUUAAGUACUUCUCAUCACCUAUGGGAUAUUCCAAUCAAAACGCAUAGUAAAGAGCUGUACGAGGAGGGAGAGCUGACUGACUAAAUAAUUAUGUCAAGGAACUUUAACAAGAUUAUUUUUGUGAUAGAGA